AAUCCACCCUUCCUGUGAUGUACACUGAUUUUUAGGUCAGAUGUGUGCUUCUCAGUGUUCAUUACAAACAUCAUGAUCUAAUGCAUGGACACUGCUGCUGUUAGAUCUGUGAGAAACACACAUACACACACACACACACACAGCCUGCGAGGGUGAGAAACACCAUGUUAAGGAGGAAAUGAGUUUGUCAUGAAGAAAUGAACAGGAAGAUGUUUGUCACACAGACGAGCAGCAGCGGGAUGGAGACUCAUGGCUUGAUUCUCUUCAUGUGGGCGUCUCUUUCAGAGGCCUUCAACAUCGACACUGAACAUCCACUGAGAUUUAACGGCACGCCAGAAGAUUUCUUUGGUUACAGUGUUUAUCAGACCGAGUUUGGAAACAGGAAGCAAAUCAUUGUUGGAGCUCCAUUAGAAGGAAACUUAGCAGGGGAGAUGUACAGCUGCACAGCAGAUCUGCAGUCCUGCCAGCGGCUGCAGCGGCCAGGUUCAGAGAGCGUCCGCUUCUUCGGCAUGUCUGCUGCUGUGUCUUCCGCUGCUCUCACUAGCUGCAGUCCGUAUUUUGCUCAUGAGUGUGAUGGAAACUCGUAUCUGAACGGCGUUUGCUACCAGUUCAACAGCAGCUUACAGGCCGUCUCCAACUUCACCGCUGCUUACCAAGUCUGCAGAAAGAGAGAAGUCAAUCUGGUGUUUCUCUUUGAUGGAUCCAGCAGUAUGAAAGCAGUCGAGUUUGAUAUGAACAAAAACUUCAUUAAAGAUGUUAUGAAAAAACUUUCAAACUCAUCCAUAAAGUUCGCUGCUGUCCAGUUUUCAACAGAUAUACGAACUGUGUUUGACUUCAACGAUUAUCAGAACGGCUCCGCUGAAGAGAAACUCAUGAAAGAGAGACACAUGAAAUCUCUCACAAACACAUACAAGGCAAUCAACUACGUUCUAAAGAAUGUGCUGAAUAGCGUGUCGUCUGGAGCCGAUCCCAACGCUCAGAAAGCUCUAGUGAUCAUCACAGAUGGAGACCCCAGUGAUAACGAUGAUUAUAAUAUCCUCAACAUAUGUGAUGAGCAGAAUAUCCUCCGCUACAUCAUCGGGGUGGGAAAGGUUGAUUUAACCACACUCACUCAGCUGGCAUCAGAACCAAAACUAAACAACACCUUCUACAUUCAAGAGUACAAUGGACUCAAAGGACUUCUUGACAACCUGCAAAAAAAGAUCUACAACAUUGAAGGGUCAAAGGAAGCUCACGGUAGAGACAGACAGAAAGAGUUAUCGCAGAGUGGAUUCAGUGUUGUCUACCAGGAGGAGUCUGUGAUCGUGGGUUCGGUUGGAUCGAAUGACUGGCGUGGAGCUCUGUAUGAGGUGAUGGGAUCAGGAUCUAAAUUCAGACAGACAGAGAUCAUCGAUCCAGCUGUAAAUAAAGACUCGUACAUGGGUUACUCUACUGUGCUGGGAAUGAGACACGGUUUCUCUCUUCUGUUCUCUGGGGCACCGCGGGCCGAACACACGGGUCUGGUGACCCUCUUCACCAAGAAUGAAAGCACAUGGACCGUGAUGAGGAACAUCAACGGAGAACAAAUUGGCUCAUACUUCGGGGCGUCUCUGAGUCUGUUGGAUGUGGACUCUGAUGGAGACUCAGAUUUCCUGCUGGUCGGAGCUCCAUUAUUUUACCAGUCUCAGCCGAGGGCUGAAGGGAGGCUGUACGUCUACACUUUAUCAGAGCAGUAUUCUCAGAAGACACUGCAAUCAACCACAGGUAGAUUUGCUACAUCUUUGGCUUCACUAAAGGACCUGAAUGGAGACGGUCUGUCAGAUGUGGCGGUCGGGGCGCCGCUGGAGAAUGAAGGAGUUGUCUACAUCUACCUGGGUGAUGGGACGCAUGGCAUAAACCCUGAACACGCUCCUCAGCGGAUCCCAGCACGGUCGGUUCUGCCUGGUCUGCAGCAGUUUGGAGUGUCUCUCUCUGGUCAGAUGGAUAUGAAUGAUGAUAAUCUGCCAGAUAUCGUGAUUGGAACACAAGGAGGGAUCGUCCUGCUCAAGGCUCGGCCUGUGAUGUCUGUAUCUGCGCAGCUCAGUUUCAAUCCAAAGGAAAUCAGUCUGAACUACUUUGAAUGUCCGGGUAGCAACGCAUUUAAUGCAUUUAAUCUCACGUCAUGUUUCACGGUGACCGAGAGGACCAGCAGCACAGGAUCUCUGGAGAAGAAGCUGAAUGUUUCUCUGAAUCUGAAUUUGGAUGUGGUACGAGGAAUGAGUCGAGGAUUCUUCGAUCCGAUGGAUUCGUCGUCCAGGACUCUGCAGCAGUCCGUCCUGCUGGAUUCUGGGUCCUCCUGUUCUAACUUCUCCAUCUUCAUGCUGCGCUGUGUUGCAGACACAGUAUCUCCUCUGAAGAUACGAAUGAAUUUCUCACAAACUCAGAUGUUGUCUGGAAACUCCUUGGCUGUUCUUGACAUCCAGAGCAGGACAGAGGAGUAUGUCGAGGUGCUGUUUCAAAGGAACUGUAAUUCAAAUAGCUGUGUGGCUGAUCUGAAGCUGAACUUCAGUUUUACGAAUGACACGUUAGUGGUGGAGAAUCAAGCUCAUUUCACGGUCCUCGUAUCGCUGGCAAACCCAGGCGACGACUCCUACAACACCAGCAUAGUGCUGCAUUACCCAGAAGGCCUCUCGCUCUCUAAAUUUGAUGCUAUUAAGCCGAGUCGGACUCGAAGCAGCUGUGGUGAUCGAGACAGCGGUGCUACAAACAGAACAACCUGCAGUAUCAAUCUACCGGUGUACCGCAGCGGCACCACAACUCAAUUUCUGGGGACUUUCCGCGUGACGAAAUGGGAUUAUGACUGGUCCGACAGGAUGGAGAUGACAAUAACUGCCAACAGUGAUAAUAACGGAAACAUGAGCGAUAUGUCGGUGAGGAGGAGCAUCCCGGUGCAGUUCGCCGUUGAACUGGCGAUCAGUCUAGUGGCUGAAGACUCUGUGACGUAUCUGAACUUCUCUCUGGAGGACAGAGGUCCAAAACCUCUCAACAUCAUCUACAAGGUGGUGAAUCUGGGUCUUAAAGGUCUGCCGGUGUCGGUCACGCUCAGCCUGCCCUGUCAAACUACACAUGUGACUUUAACACCUCACAACUUCAGCAUGCAGGAGAACUCAGAGCUGUGCAAACCAGAACCACGGGACGGUCACUGUGGGUUUGUGUGUCAUCAAUUUCCACUGGAGAAAUUUUCAGAAGUUCAGUUUAAUUUGAUGGCAGAAGCAGUUCUCCAAAACGUGAAGGAAUACGAGAGUAAAUAUUCCUUCUAUGAGUUCAGAAGAGAUCAUGUGUUCAACAUCAGCGCUGAGCUCAACUUCAACACAAGCCGCUACAACCAGUCAACCGGACUAAAGUACAAUCCCCACAGAUCUCAGACUGAGGUGAAGGUGGAGUUUGUCAUUCCUCCCAGUCGAAUGCUGAUUGUCUGCACUGGUGCAGUGGGCGGGUUCUUCUUCCUCAUUAUCAUAUUGAUCCUUCUGCUGAAGUGUGGGUUUUUUAAGCGAAAUCGCCCUGAUGAGUUUUUUCCAGAGGAUGAAAAUGUAACUGUGGUUGAAGACUCUCCUCUCGUGAACAUGAAUGCUAAAGAAAACCAAAUCAGCGAGAGCAACAGCACGGAGAAAGAGAAAGGAUCGAGAGAGAUGAGCACCAGUCUUGAGCCUCCAAAGACAGAAGAAUAAAAUCUCACUUUAUUCCAACACAACAAAAGUGUUUUUACUAAAAUUUUUACUAAGUAGUCUAUUAUUAAUGAACACCAGUGUUAUUGAUACUGACAGCUGUAUUAAAUGCAUUUUCCCUCAAUUUCAGCCAUUAAAUAUGCAUUCAACAUUA